AUUGACAUUAGCCCGAAAGGUAGAGGAAGGUUAUCCUUAAAACAGUAGCCCGUGUAGCAGUAGCAACCAUUUUCGCACCAAAACAAAGCGUCCUCCUUUUAGUGGGUGGGUGUUAGUGCACACAAUUAGUAUUAGACCGCAUCGUAGUAACCGACACCGAAACAAAACAAGACAACGAAACCAUGGCAGAAGGAACGUACGAAUAUGAGUGUAUGCGGGCGGAACUUCUUGGGCUGGCCCAUCCCAGUCGGGAAGAGUUUGAGGAAAAGAUGAAGCUCAGACGGGAGACGGAAGUAGAGGAGCAGCUCACCGAGCAGUUGAAGGAGGUGGACUUGCAAGAGGAGUCCGUGCAGGGCACUUCCGGGAAGAUGGACGAGCUGAACAGCAUUCUAACUGCGACGCAGCAAAAAAUCAACAAGUUUAAAGUGGCAUGCGGUAGUUUGACCAGCCUGCUCAAACUUCGUCCAUCGACACCGAGCAACGAGCCGGCGGGUGGAUCCGAAGGAAAGUCCAUCAACGAUGCACUUGACACGCUGGACACGAUGAAGGAUCUGAAUGCUGCAUCCGAUGUGACAGUGACAAAAGCGGCAGCACAAGACCUCGGCAUGAAAGUGACGUCCCAGAUGGACAAGCUUGACUCACUGCUGUACAAAGCCGACAAUGCGACGUACUCCAUGAAGCAUCAGACGGAUCAGAUGAAGAAGAUUGCCAAGUAAGAACCCCGGUUCUAGCGUGUGCGCGAUGGAACCAUACAAACACCAACCGCUCGAAUAAUCUUUUCGGCUGGCAACGAACCGGAGCUGGAAGUGGACGCUUCCGCUCCUUCACGAUACAGUACGCUUACAAAUACGAAACAAACAUGUGUGCAAAUGUUAUCAAAAAAAAAAAAAACUAUCAAAACUAUUCUAUUGCGCCCCGUGUACAUCGAUACGCUCCGUUGGCAAUCUUAGGUUAGGAACUCCUCGACGACUUGCGGGGAACGUACCUUCACUAUACAAUCGCUAGCUGCUUAGGUACUUUUGAGCUCUUGUUACGAGUAGGCCACUUUGUUCUUCCCGUUUUCUUCAUUUUGCCCUCUAUCCAACAGUUCCUACAAAAAAAAACUUCGAAAGGAAUUGCCUCUUUAUGCUUCAAAACGUUCGAUGUUAGUUAAGUAAGGUGCGUUAGAUGUUAUACACUAUGGAAAACAUUUUCACGGCUAAAGCUUUCUGCUUUCUUUGCACUUUCUGCUCAAAACGGUCGAUCUUCCACAAAUUCAAAAUUGUUAGCAAAAAACCACAGAAUCACACACACAAACAAACAAAUCAUUGUCUUUACUCAAAACUGCUUAGAUGCGAUUAGCGCUGCCGGAUUUGGCCAUUUUUGCCGUGCGUCUUUGCCGGAACCGAUUGUGAUAUAUUAUAGUUUGUACGUGUUAUGUGUACAUGUUCGAUGUAUUUUUAGUUCGAUCAUACGCCUCAAAUGUGACAGCGCAAAACCAGAUGCUUCCAGGUGGUGCGAGUUGUGCGAACCGUUUCCUGUUAUCCUUCUAUCUAUCUGGCUUCGGAUGGUGCGAACCGCGAUCGCGGUAGAAGCGAACAAUAGGGUUUACCGUUGGCGGGCAGGGAGAUCUUAGUAAGCGUAAGAAAUGUUAACCACCAGCAAUAACAAUAUAUGAACCUUACAAUAAUUUAACUGUGUAUUAGAAAUGAUAAAUAAAGGAAGGUACAAUUAUUCACGUAUUGAAACUGAA